UUAGGCAGUGAAGGUUUUCUGCUGCUCCUUUCUCAUCCCUAAUCCCCCUCCCAAUCACCACUGUACAGGUCCUACCACUUCCCUAAUGAAUAUCCAAUGGCUGCCAUUGUUCUGUUGGUGGUUGCAAAGGGUGACUGGAAACAUGAUCCAACAACAAUUGGGAACGUUUUCGGAGAUCUUUAACUUUAAUCCUGGACAGAUCUGGAAAUCAGACUGUGAGACCAAACGGUUGACGGACAUUUCAAAGAAGGACGCAAACACUUUGGAGGCCUGGUCCUUCUUAAUCCAGGAUAGUUACCAGGAAAUAAUGAAUUGGUACUGCAACGUACACGAAUGCUGUGAGUCAGGAGACUGUCGGCUAAUCAACAACAUUACAGGCCUUAGCCACGACCUGAACAUAAAAUUACAUGGACAGCAUCUGGCCAAAGAGGUUGUGAUGAAAGCAGUGAAAGGUUUCAUAGUAAACAAAAAUCCCGAGAAAGCACUAGCCCUUUCCUUCCAUGGAUGGUCUGGCACCGGCAAGAACUUUGUGGCAAAAAUGAUAGCAGACAACCUGUACCGAGAUGGACCAAGAAGCGAGUGUGUGCAUUUCUAUAUUGCUCACUUCCACUUUCUACACGCCAGCCUGGUUGAUUUUUACAAGGCCGAGCUCCAGCAGUUCAUUCUGACAGCUGUACAAAAAUGCCAACAAUCGUUGUUCAUUUUUGAUGAGGCAGAAAAUCUGCACCAAGGCCUUAUUGAUGUCAUCAAGCCUUACCUUGACCACCAUGACCACGUGAAUGGAGUGGACUUCAGAAAGUCUAUCUUUAUUUUCUUAAGUAAUAUCGGAGGAAGGUCUAUAAGCAGGGUAGUAUUAGAAAACUGGAGAGCAGGACGAGAUCGAGAGGAGAUUACGAUGGAAGACUUGGAAUAUCAGAUCCGAAGAGAGGUUGCAACGUCAAAAGGUGGCUUUGCACGUAGUGGCCUUGUGGCUGAGAAUCUCAUCGACUUCUUCAUUCCCUUCUUACCUCUGGAAUACAAGCAUGUUAAAUUAUGUGUACGUGAUGCUCUUCAUUCCAGAGGAAUCAAGUACAACAUAGAUAUCCUGGAUGAAGUGGCGAAGGGAAUGCUGUAUUUUCCAAAGGAGGAAAACCUGUUCUCAGCCCAGGGCUGUAAGUCGGUCUCGCAGCGGGUCAAUCUCUUUCUGCCCUGAAGCAGAAGAGUUCAGGAAACCGCUUAUUGUGACACAUUGUUCCCCUAGAGACCAUGUCACUUUCUCGUUGCACGGUAGCUGUGGCCUACUAUUACCUGGGAGAUGGAAAUCUGACCCAAGCAACAGGGAAGAAAGGUAACCUUUAAGAAAUUAAGAAGCAGAACAGCCACCCAGUUUCCUGGCUUUCCUGUGAAACUUGCCUGCAUCCUUGACCAUUGUCGUAAUUCGUACUUGACUGUUACUGGGUGUUGUGGAUCCACUGAUGUGCAAACCUAGUUUGUAUAAAUCAUGAAGAUAAGGAUUGUACCAAUGAUGGAACUUCUCCAUUUUAUUAAUGUUGUUCUUCACCAGCAGCUCUUCAACCAUUUAGAUCUAACAUUGACCCAUUGCAAGACCGAUUUACAGCCCUGGGCUAACUUCUCUAAAUGGAGCUGAGGUUACCUGGCAUGGCAAAAUACACAGAACUUGCAAGUGACUGCAGAUACCAGAAUCUGGAGCAACAGACAAGCUGCUUGAGGAUUUGUUUGACCCAAAACAUCAAUAGUUCCUUCCCCUGGCCCAGUCCCACUCAUACAUACUGCUCAACUCCACUGAGUUCCUCUAGCAGACUUGCAUUUCUCCUUGACUACUUCUUUCUGCUGAUAGAGUUACCAACCUUUCCCCUAGGAAUUGUUGGCCAUGUCCUGUUUGGUACAGCAGAUUAUAAAUGAUAAAAUAUUAAUAAAAUACUUUAUAGGCUGCAAUAUAAAACACUGGCAAGAGUGAUAAAUGCAAUAUACUGGAUUUGUUCCGUAUGACACUGAAUUCCAAGUGUCUUUUAAUUAAAUGUCAAAUUUAGAAAUUUCUGUACAUUAAGCUAAAAUUUACAAAUCAGAUACUGAUAAUUACUGCAACGGCAGCAUUGAUCCUUAACCUUCCAAACCUUUUGGUAACAAUUGAUAAAUGUUUAGUUUCCUCAAAUGUUCAUUAUAUAUUGGUGUAGCUCUCAUGUGUUUUUGUCCAGAACAUCUCCCACAGUGGUCCCCUUUCCUUUUGGAUCUAUCCUUUGUUCUUGUUUCUCAUCUGAGUAAUAGCUCUUGGGGGAAAAAUAUACCAAAGCAUGGGUUGUCCAAGGAGAGGUAUAAUAAGAUCAGGCUCGACGUCCAUCAGCUUAGUCCAGGUUAACUUCAAGAUUAUUGAACUAUCUGGUCCCUGCUCCUAAAACAUAUUCUUACUGAUUCCAUGCCUUUUAACUUCAGACUCAUAUUUAUUAUAUCUGAUAUAUGAUGUGAAGUUUGUUGUUUUGGAAUAGUAGUACAGUGCAAGAUACAAAAGAAAA